AUGGAAAGCUUGGAUUUAGUGGAAAAACUUAAGCGGCGAGAUUCUCGUGAAAAAGCAUAUGUCAAAGUUAUUGAACCAUACAUGGAGCUGUUUCGCUCAACCCUGUCACUGAAUCAGCGGGAGGCGCCUAUAAAUGAAAAGGAUACUCACAAAGAACUUGGAAGACCGUCUCACGGUAUAUCUGGUGAGACAGUGACGAUGCGGACUAUGACCGAUGAGCUUCGGUCCCUCCGAAGAACCUGCGAAUUGUAUCAGAGAAAUAUGCAGAAAGCGCAACUUAUGUGUAAACAGCAUCUUCAAGAAAAUUCUCUUCUAGAAAAACAGCUUUCGUUGCAGAGAGAACUGAACGGUGAAAAGGACAAACGCAUUAAUCUUCUACAGGAUGAGCUAUGGGCACUUCAACUAGAAGUUGCUUCCCUGGAGCGUAAAUCGGCUGGCUCAUAA